AUGGUCCUCAUCCUCGUCAUUGGCGACCUGCAUAUCCCAACACUGACGCAUGACCUGCCGGCAAAGUUCAAGAAGCUGCUGGUCCCAGGCAAGAUUGGCCAGAUCAUCUGCACCGGUAACGUGUGCGACAAGGAGACGUACGACUACCUCCGUACCAUUGCGCCGGAGGUGCAUGUGGUCCGCGGCGAGUUUGACGAUAACUCGCACUUCCCCCUCUCCCUCACGGUCCCGCACCAGUCUCUAAGGAUAGGCGCCGUCCACGGACAGCAGAUCGUGCCGGCCGGCGACACGGAGAUGCUCGCGGCGCUCGCGCGGCAAAUGGACGUCGACGUGCUGGUCAGCGGUGGUACUCAUCGCUUCGAGGCAUUCGAGUUCGACGGCCGCUUCUUCGUCAACCCUGGCUCUGCGACCGGCGCCUGGAGUGGGUUGAAUGGCGACGCAACCCCUUCCUUUGCCCUCCUCGACGUGCAGGGCCCUGUGAUCGUCACCUACGUCUACCAGCUUGUCGACGGCGAGGUCAAGGUCGACAAGGUCGAGUACCGCAAGCCCGACCCACCGCGCGAGUCGCACACGCAGCCGCAGGCCGAGGUGUCGGCGUGGUAG